GCAUUAGAGCAUUGGGAACUGCCCCGAUCAAAGAUGGCGGGAGAAGCCUCUGUGAGGGCAGACUGAUCCCAACAGCAGGAUCCGCGACUGAUAGCCCAGGCAGUGGCAGCGGCGUGGCCGGGACCAUGGAGGAGAGCGGCAGCGCUGGCGGCGGUGGCAGCGAUAGCAGCACUAGCGGGAGUGGUGGGGCGCAGCAAAGGGAACUAGAGCGCAUGGCUGAAGUCCUGGUCACCGGAGAGCAGUUACGACUCAGGCUGCAUGAAGAAAAGGUCAUUAAAGAUAGACGACAUCAUCUCAAAACCUACCCAAACUGUUUUGUUGCAAAAGAAUUGAUUGACUGGCUGAUUGAACACAAAGAGGCCUCCGAUAGAGAGACGGCAAUUAAGCUCAUGCAGAAAUUAGCAGACCGGGGCAUUAUUCAUCACGUGUGUGACGAGCAUAAGGAGUUCAAAGACGUCAAACUCUUCUACCGCUUUAGAAAGGACGACGGCACCUUCCCGCUGGACAACGAAGUGAAGGCGUUCAUGCGAGGACAGCGGCUGUAUGAGAAGUUGAUGAGCCCUGAAAACACACUCUUACAACCCAGGGAAGAGGAAGGGGUCAAGUAUGAGCGCACCUUCAUGGCAUCUGAAUUCCUGGAUUGGCUGGUUCAGGAAGGUGAGGCCACCACAAGAAAAGAGGCAGAGCAGCUUUGCCAUCGACUUAUGGAGCAUGGCAUCAUACAGCAUGUGUCCAACAAGCACCCGUUUGUGGACAGCAAUCUUCUCUACCAGUUCAGAAUGAACUUCCGUCGGAGGAGAAGACUGAUGGAGCUGCUCAAUGAAAAGUCCCCCUCCUCCCAGGAGGCUCAUGACAGUCCCUUCUGCCUAAGAAAGCAGAGCCAUGACAAUCGGAAAUCUACCAGCUUCAUGUCAGUCAGCCCCAGCAAGGAGAUCAAGAUUGUGUCUGCCGUGCGCAGGAGCAGCAUGAGCAGCUGUGGCAGCAGCGGCUACUUCAGUAGCAGCCCCACCCUCAGCAGCAGCCCCCCUGUGCUCUGCAACCCCAAAUCUGUGCUCAAGAGACCGGUCACUUCUGAGGAGCUCCUGACACCUGGGGCACCGUAUGCAAGGAAGACGUUCACGAUUGUUGGCGAUGCGGUUGGCUGGGGCUUUGUGGUACGAGGAAGUAAGCCAUGCCACAUCCAGGCGGUGGACCCCAGCGGCCCAGCAGCCGCGGCAGGAAUGAAGGUCUGUCAGUUCGUCGUCUCCGUCAAUGGGCUCAACGUGCUGCACGUAGACUACCGGACCGUGAGCAAUCUGAUUCUGACAGGCCCACGGACAAUUGUCAUGGAAGUCAUGGAGGAGUUAGAGUGCUGAGCAGCUGUGCCUCCAGGCCUUCAGUGGCCCAUGGGCGACCAGAGUGACACAAUAACGCCAUGGCAACACUUCAUGCAGAUGGAUGGCUUUGGAUAUAGGAAACUUUUCUUUGUGCAUACACAUCUUGAGUUUCAUACACUGUUUGAAUGUGGAAGAACCGGGUAACACAUCUUUAAAAAAAAAAAAAAAAAAAAAAAGUCAGUGUAGAAAACAUUUGGGAACUAGAGUUUUCCUACAGGAUGGAAUUGCCUUACUAGAUUUCUAGGUGUAGUUCUCACUCAUUGUUUUUUAUCUUGGUUUGCAGAAAGUUGUUGAAAUGUUUUUCUGCCUGAAACAGCAACAUGCUAAAAUUCCCCUUUUAGGAGUCAUUAGUUGUUCCAGACUUUAAUUGGACUUUGAAGCUGGGCACAGUAGUGUGUACCUGAAGUCCCAGGUGCAAAGGAAGCUGAGGCAGGAGGAUCGCUUGAGCCCAAGGAUUCCAGGCCAGCCUGAGCAACAUAGCAUGAUCCCAUCUCAAAAACCAAGAACAACAAACAAACAAAAAAUUUCACCCGAAUUAGCAGGGAACUGUUCAAUAGCAGGUCUAGAUUUCACUGAGCUUCAAAUUAAUGUGACGGCCAUAGGAAUAUGACCUGUUAACCAGCAUUUCCCAAAAGGCUCUAAAGCAUUUAACUGCUUAAAAGCCAUUAUAAAAUGACAAUUUCUUGAUUCCUGCCUUCAGUAUCAACUUUUAAUUUAAUGUGAAUUAUGAAAUUAGAUUAAAAAAAGAAAAAAACGUUUGUCGUGCUGUGGGUAAGUAGAUAGGGAGAUAAUAAUUAUAAAUGUUGGCCCCUAUCAUCUCUUACUGAGCCUAAAUCAUUUGGUUCUAUAAAUCAGCUGCAAACAUUUUCUAGAAUUUAUCCUAAAUAUAGUGACUGUGAAUAGAAGGAAUUUGUGCAUAGACAGGUAAAUCUCAAAAUCAAGAGUUUACUUUGCAAGUGUCCACUUUUAAGGUAAAUAUUCUAGAACCUGCUUCUGUGUGAUAAAACUUGAAACUCAGAAUUACUUUCUAGCCUGAAUUGUUACUAGCUUUCUAGUGUAACAUAUCCCAAGGACAUGACAUGCUGCUCAUUGAGGGAAAUUAUUUUCACUGAAAUCGCCGUCUGGGUAGGGACUUUUCAUCUUAGUUGUACAUAAGCACGGUUCCUUUUUGGUUGAGGAAAGGGUGCAUCUUGGGUCUUUGUGUGUAGAGGAAAUUCCUCAAAGUGCCAAAUGAGGGAGUCUGGGAAUGCCAAAUUCUUUUAUCAUUUCCCAUAAUGAAUUCUAAACAACAAGAUUGCUUUCUUAAUAUGCACUAACAAAAUAAGAGUGUUGUACCUCAGUCAUUUCUUGGUGAUAGGUUAUCACCAUGUAUGGGUACCAGUGGAUGGGAGAAACUUGUUGAAGAUUUUAUACAUAUAUAUAUAUAUAUUUUCCUGGUAAUCCAACUUUUCUAGCUGUAGUCAGAGGAUAGGAUUUUGAAGUCAUAUUGGAUGUCUGGCAUUAAUAUUGUCGAUCUUCGUUUGAGAAAGAUAAUUGCCUCCACACAUGUGUGUGUUUAUACUGUCUGCCGGGCGCUGUGCUGCGGCGUUUGCUGUAUAUGAUUUCUGUCGGUCCUCAUCACAGGCUUUUGAGGUAGAUAUCAUCACCUACGUUUUUCAGAUGUGGAAACUAAGUCUGAGCAAGAUGAAGAUGUUCUCUAAAUUCAAACAGCUGCAGAAACUACUGCAUAAUACAGCCUGAGUUCAAACACAAGGCUGUUUUACACUAAAGCCCGUGUUACCCCUCCCCUCUAAACUCUCCCCAUUUAGGGACCUCAUAUUGGGAGCGCUCAUGUGCCAGGUGCCAUGCUAGGACUUUACAGCAUUUGUCCUUAAUGACCUGUGUGAGGUCAAGACCAGCAUUAUCCCCAUUGUACACAUGAGGAAACUGACUUGUAAAGAGGUUAGUCAUGUGCCUAAGCCACACAACUAGUAAGUAUGAGAAUUUACUACCUUUUUUUCCCAUUUUUUUAAUUAGAGCUUUAUAUGUAUAGUAGUUGGAUACCACCUGGUUUUAUUUAUUUUUUUUUAUUUUCAUUUUUCUUUUUUUGGUGGUGCUGGGGGUUGAACCCAGGGCCUUGUGCUUGACAGGCAAGAACUCUACCAACUGAGCUAUCUCCCCAGCCCCACCACCUGGUUUUAAAAACAUUUUUUGUAGCAUCUUUUAAAGAAGAGUCUUAGAUGCUUUAUUUCUCCAGGUCUUCAUUAACUGACAAGAGAAGAUAGAAGCCCUUUUUAAAAAAGUGCCAUCUUCUUGUCCACUGCUUCUACAUUUUACCUAAAUCCCAAGGCCCACCAUCUUGAACCCUGGGUCCUACCACUUCCUGUGAGCCACUCUGAGCACCCGAGAAGCACCUGUACUCCACACUGCCUCCUCCCGCCAGGGAGGCUGAGGAGGGAGGCACCACAGAGAACAGAUUUCCUUCUUUGGUUCUCAUCACCCUCAGUUUAGAGGUCAAAUGCCAGAGGGUCUCUUCAGGCCCUGAGAGCCUUCUGUUAGCCCUCCUCCGCCUACCCCAGGAUCCUCGUUCACCAAGUACGGUGAAUGCCCCGGUUUCCCAGGUUCUCUUCUCACUCUCUUCACGGUUUGCACAUGCAGUUUCUCUUCCCUAAAAUGUUCGUCUUUUUCCUUCUUUACACAGAAAUUUCUUUCUUCUUAUCAACCUACCCCUUUACAUCUUAUCUCCUCUGAGAAGCCUUUUCCAGUUCCCCUAUUCUGGCAUUCAUGCUUCUUCUCUGAAUUCCUACAUACCUUUAGUAAGUCCCACCCCAACCCCAUCAUAGUACCCUUGACAUUCCUUUGGAAUUGCUCUACCACAGACCUGUCUCCCUACCUAGACUCCAAGCAUCUGCAGAAUAAGGAUGUGUCUCGGUACCCGGGGGCUAUCUCUCUACCUAAAACAGUUCCUGACAGAGUAGAGUUCCAGCUCUCUAUUGCUGCCCAACAACCUACCCCCAAAUUGUGGCAUUUAUUUGCUUCCAACCCCUAUGGCUUGUCAGUGUGGGCAGAAUUAAGCUGAGGUGUCCCAUCCCUGCUCCACAUUUGUGGUCCUCCCACACAUUUGUGGUUAGUGAGCAGUUGGUUGAGGCUGCUUGAUCUUGGGUCAUGCUGCAGUUUGAAUCUUGAAAACCAUUGAAGUUCCAUGUGUUAAAGGUUUGAUCCCCAGCCUGAUGCUAUUUGGGACAUGGUAGAACCUUUGAAAGGUGGAACCUACUAGAAGGUCCUUAAGUCAUUGGAGGUAUGCCCUUGAAGGGAACUGUGAGACCCCAGCCCUUCCUGUUUUUCUUCCUAGCCAUGAGUUGAGCACUUUUGCUUCACUGUGUAGUCCUACCAUGAUAUCCUGCCUCAACGCAGACCCCAAAGCAGUGGGGUCAUGUGAUGACCUGGAACCUCCCAAACUAAGCUACAAUAACCUUUUCUCUUUAUAUGUUGAUUAUCUCAGGUAUUUUGUUAUACUGAUGGAAAGCUGACUAACACAGAUGGUCUCAUGCAUGUCUUAUAGUUGGCUGGCACUGUGGGCCAAAUUGCCUCCAUUCCACUGCAUCUGGCCAUUCUCCAGAGCUAGCCCAGGCUGAGAUUGAAUAGGGUGAGGACAGAUACUACAAGACCUUUCUUCUACUUGCUUAGAAGUUACAUAGUUUCACUUCCAUACCAUUUUGUGAGCCAAAAGGAGUCACAAAGUUAGUACAGAAUCAAGGGUUGGGGAAUUAGAUGCCACCUUUGGAUGGGUUAAUUUCAAAGAAUUUGCAGCCAUUUUUAAUCCACCAAGGGUGGGACCCCCUUCCCAUUUGUUUAAUAAAUCCCAAGAGAUAACCUAGCUAUUGAAAACUUUUGUCUAUCUGGACGGAAAUUAGCCAACGACUGGAUAGUAGUGCAAUAUUGAAUAAAAGCUGUUUCUAAUGAAAACCUCAAAGUCAGAAAAUUCUAAAAUAAUAGUGUUCUGUGGGGCCACGAGGAGCACAGCUCAGUCUCUUCAUUUGAUCACCAAGGAAACUGGUCACAUCGCGAAGCUUGCUGGGUGAGAGCUUAAGCCAAAUGCCACUCCUCCUUCCAGCCCGAGGGCUUUUGCAGUCCUGCUCUGUAGGAGAGGGUAGUACUGCCAAAAUGGGCCUUUGGCUUGGGGGUAUUCAGCAAAGGAAAGAGGUCAAGUGUCUGUGAAGGCAAGGAAAUACAAUUUUAAUUAAUCUGUCUUGAAUUAUUAAAUCAUAUCAGUAAAAAAAUAAGUAUUCUACCUGAUAUUUUCAUAGUUUUCCUGCUUUAAAAUUUAAAAAAACCAUUUCUAAAUGUAGCACCAAAAAUUAUCUUAAAUGAACAGAGAGGUGUUUCUAGGAGCUUUAGUUUCCCAUGUGUGUCUGAACUGUGUCUUCCCCACAAAGGGCAUGGGUAUUGUGUGAGGUUUUACUCACACCUAAGGGCUUCUGAUAUGUCUUUCUUUGCUCCCUGGAAACACUUUUGAUUUUUCAGGUGUUUGUGUGUGCGAUGAGUUUAUGUUUUGGUGAUGGAAAGGAAUGUAAUUUUUGUUCCUUCAUUAGCACAACGUGUGUAAAUUUGAAAGCCAUGUUUUGUUAUAGAGAGAAAUGCAGCUAGCUACCUUUUGGGUUGAGUAUGAGAUUUUAUUUGUAAUCUAUGUUAAAUAAGUGUAUAAAUUAAUAAGACAAUAAGUUGAGAAAUGGGUGCUAAUUUAGGGAUGAUCAUCAUCUGUGUGUGGAUUAGUGUGACCGACUUUACACCAUCUUAUAAAAGCUGGCUCUACCACAGGGACAGAAAUUCAUAUUUAAAAUGUCACUUCUGGAAGUUCACCUUGGAGUCUUACAGUACCAAAUACUGUUUCCUUUCAAAUGUAUCGUGAAAAUAAUCUGCUGUCUUAAAGAAAGACCUGUUUUAAAUUGUUGAGAUCAGCGAUUCUCUCCUGCUCAGUAUUAAUCCUAUUUCAUUUUAUUAUAAAUGAUCAGAAUAACUCUAGAACAUUUUGAUUUAGCUCAUUGAAAUCUGUCACUGUCAUGGACCCUGGUUUUAAUCAUUUAAAGGCAGAUUUUCAGGUGUGAUGUGUCUUUCUUAUUCCAAUACCAAAACACAAAUGUGCUCUCUACCAAAAUGAAGUUCAUCAUCAAAUAUAGCAUAUGAUAUUGUUAAAUGAAUUAAAAAAUGUACUUAAUAUAUAUCUUUAUUUUAAAAUUGGGUUGAGAUUUAUUUGCUCUUUAUUAAAAUUAUAGUAUAAUACUUGGAAUUAUUGUAUAAAAACAGGCAUAUGGCAUGAAAUAAAUGGUACAUUUUUAAAACAAUGACUUUAGGGUUUCAGCCUUUCCUGUCAUUUAAAACAAAUCAGCCAAUUUUUGUACAAAGAAAGGGUUGCUUUAUAAGCUGAUCUACUACUUACUUAUCAGAGAAAACACAUGGGACUCAUAUCGAAUUCUCUAACAUAGCCAAAAGUACCAUUUGUAAACCUACUUCAUGAUGGAUGUUUUCUGAAGGUCUUUUGCCUGGAAAAAAAAAUGCACUAAAAAGUUUUUUUUCUGUACUAUAUUUGAUUCAGAAUAAUUUUCUCCUAUGUAGGUCAAUAUUGAUGGGUAUUGUAGAACAUUCUGUGUAGAAAAAUACCGUGUACUUGUCAUUUUAAAAACCAAUUAUAAUGAAUUAGGAAAUAAAUAAUUCUGUGUUCGGGGGGAUGUAAAGUUUGGGGGUUAGUGGUUAUUCAGACCACACUCAGAGUUAACCAAAAGGACAUUAAAUUUUCCAUUGCUUAUUCACUUAUUCAGUCAUUCAGGAAACCUUACUGAGGACUUGGGUCUGAGACCCUGCAUGUAGGCACUAGGAAUACAAAGUGGGUGGACAGGCAGCUCAUUCUUCAAGAAUUACCUUUGGGCCCAUCUCUUAAAAUUAUUCUCUCUGUAAAUGGGGGUAAUAAGAAAGCAUGGUGUUAAAAUAAUUGUUUCUUUUUUGGGGGGGGAGACUGGGAAUUGAACCAGGGGCACUUAACCACUGAGUCACAUCCCUAACCCUUUUUAUGUUUUAUUUAGAGACAGGGUCUCAUUGAGUUGCUUAGGCCUCACUGAGGUUGCCGAGGCUGGCCUUGAACUCACAAUCCUGCCUCAGCCUCCCAAGUCACCAAGAUUACAGGUGUGCACCAUGGUGCCCGGCUAAAAUAUCUGGUUUAAUGCGAGCCCACCAUCCAACUCAAGAACCAGAAUACUGACAAUACUUUAAUAAUUUAAUUGUAGUUUUCUUCCCACUUCUGUCCCUGACUUUCCCUUAAUCAAGGAAAAAACACAACGAUGAACAUGGAGUUUACCAUCUUUCUUGCUUUUUCUGUUCUUAAUAAUUGUUUGACUUUUUAAAAAAAUAAAUUUACUCAAAGAGCACCAAGUUUUAUGUCAUUUGCAAUUUGCAUUUUAUUCUCCAGGUUUUUGUGUAUAGUAUUUCAUUCCUUUUUCACAACUCAGUAAACUCCAUGCCACAAAUUCUUUAGUUUCCCGUUGAUGGGCACGUGGGCAAUUCCCAUUGCUGUCGCCAUAAGCGGGGUUGCUUUCAACAUUUUCAUGACACCUCCCAACAAUAGAAGGCGCUUCUCUUAGGUGUCCACUUAUAAAGGAAUUGUUGAGUUGUAGGAAACAUGAAAGUCCAACUUUACAAAGUCACACGAACUGGCUUCCAAAUUGACCCAAGAUAUGAAAGUGGUAUAUAUCAAUAUCUUCUCCAGUGUUUGAUGUUCUUUUGUCAAAUGAAUGUCUGUGUGGUUAAUGAUACUGAGGUUCUAAGGUGCUGCCAAGCUCAUAAAGCACAGAAUUACCUAAGUUUGCCCCAACUUAUUAGAUGUAUGCCUUCACUAUAUGCAGGAUGUCUUGAAACUAUAUCCUACAACUCCAUGUGUCAACUGAGUCAGGGAUCACUGAGAGUUUGUAUAAUAUAUUCAGGAAACUCCAACAAAUAAUUUGUGACUCUACAUUCAAUUGAGUGCCUUAAAAGGGCCUAUUCUAUCA